GGUGGGCUGGCGAGGGGAGAAGAGGAAAAUGAAGGAACCGGCCAGGCUGUGAGCAAGCGGAAGAGAAGGGCAACAUCUCGCUGGUAUGUGUGCUCUGGCCUUGGCGAGCGUUGAGACACAGGGGGGCAGCAGACCACUGGCCCCUUCCCACCUCACGAUCACCGCCACACCGGAAAGAGACCUCCUGCUUUCCUCCUCCUUCUCCUCUUCCUCCUCUUCCCUGAAUCUCUGCUCUUCUUCUCACAUCCGGCAUCAUCAUCAUCGCCGCCACCACCACUUCCCCGGCCGCAACAGGCCAGCUCCGGCCAGCCAUGUCUGAAAGGAAAAAGGGCCCCGGGGCUGCCACCCUUGGCUCCCGGGUGGUCAAGGUGACCGUCAAGACCCUCAAGCGGAAAGAGCACUUUGAGGUGGCUGAGGGCAUGCUCAUCCAGGAGUUCAAGAAGCUCAUCUCCGAGCGAUUCAAGACCCCCGCUGAGCAGCUCUCGCUGAUCUUUGCUGGCGUGAUCCUAAAAGACCAGGACACGCUGGCUCAGCAUAAGAUUGGCAAUGGGUCCAAAGUCCAUCUCUUCAUCAAAUCACAGAAGAGAGCCCCUGUGACCACUCUGCCCGGUGGCUUUCUCCCAGCACCCUCGGCCAACGGCUUUUUCUCCCAGGAGAGCAGUUCGGAGUACAGCCUGGACCUCUCGGAGUGGAACCACCAGCCAGACGAGCUGAUGGCCUCUUGCCAAGACCUCAUCACCAGGACCAUGGAGAACCUCUUGCUCCAGAUCUUGGGUCUCAAUCUGAACGCCUCCGCCUUGAACCGCAACCCCUUGAUCCUGGGUUUCCUCCUUGGGGUCACCGGUAUGAACAUCCUGGGCCUGAACGCCGUGGAGGUGUCAGAACUGGUGGGAGAUACUCCAGAACAAGAAACUGCCCGGCAGGAGCUGAUCAGCGAAGUGAUGCAACACCCCUUUGUGCAGAACCUCUUUGGUGACACCGAACAGGUCCGGCAGAUGAUCAUGUCUGUCCCGCAGAUGCAGCAACUGGCUGAGCAGAACCCCGAGAUCAGCCACAUCCUCAACAACUCUGAGUUCUUGCGAGAGAUGAUCGACGUGGCCACCAGCCCAGCGGUGAUGGACGAGAUCAUCCGAAACCAUGACCGGGCCCUGAGCAAUCUGGAGAGCAUCCCUGGUGGGUACAGCGCACUGCAGCAGCUCUACAAUGACAUUGAGGCCCCCAUGCUCAAUGCUGUGCAAGCCCAGUUCCAGGGGAACUCUGCCUUCUCCCCUUCAGAGAGCAAGCCCUCCUCCGGGAACAUUGGCCCCCUGCCCCGGACGGAGAACAGGGAACCCUUGCCCAACCCAUGGGCCCCCCAGUCCAACAGCAGCGGGGACAAUGGUGACGUGAAUGUGGCUGGGGAUGGGGCCAGACAGCCUGGCUACAUCCAUAUCACCCUGAACACCAGAGUCCGGCUGAACCUGAGCAAGUCAGAGAGAAUCCAGAACAUGGUGCACCAGCUCACAGACAAUCCGGAGUUCAUGCAGAGCAUGACCAACGCACUCUCCCACCCUGAGGGCCCCACGCAGGCCUUCCUGGCCCAUUGCAGCUCCCCCACAAGCCAAGGUGCUCCUCCACCACAAGGCUGGGCCCAGGCACUCCCUCCCAAGUUGGCCAGAUCAGAAGCUGCAGCACUGCUGAGCAACCCCAGGGCCCUCCAAGCUCUCCUCCAGCUGCAAUUGAGCCUCUUGGCCCUCAGGAGGGAAGUACCAGAUUUCAUCCUGGCCCUGGUGGACCCAGACGUCGACCCAGAAAGUAUGGAGGACUCCGACGAGGGAGAUAGCCCAUCGUCAGACACUGCAAGCCUGGUCUCAGCAGACGAAAGCCUGGAGUUGGAAAGUAAUGGAUCCGGAGAUGGAGAAGGAGGGCAGGAGGGGAUGGCAGAAGAAGUGGAAGAAAUGGAACAACAGACCCUGGCCUCUCCUUACCAAGCCCAGCUGGAGCAGCUCAGGGCAAUGGGUUUCCCCAAUGAAGAACUGAACCUGCAGGCUCUCCUGGAAGCAGGAGGAGACGUCGCCGCAGCCGUGGAAAAGCUAACAAACUCUCGUGCGUUCUAGCAACACAGAAAUUACCUUUGCCUCUUGUAGGGUCAACCAACACACUAAAAAAGUCAGCUUGGUGGAUAUUACCAUGGUCUCAAAGCU